GAGAAUUCUGCAUGCCGGACACGUGGUAGCGAACCGUGAGGAGUUUUACGGGUCUGCAGGCUAGAAGAGUUGGGAGGUUUGCGGGACCUAGAGGAAUCCCUUAAGAUGAAGCUGAGUCUUACCAAGGUAGUUAAUGGCUGUCGCCUAGGAAAAAUAAAAAACCUGGGCAAAACAGGGGACCGCACCAUGGACAUCCCAGGCUGCCUUCUGUACACCAAGACUGGCUCUGCCCCACACCUGACCCAUCACACACUGUGUAAUAUCCAUGGGGUUCCUGCCAUGGCUCAGCUUACACUGUCAUCCCUGGCAGAAUAUUAUGAAGUCUUGACAGAAUAUAAGGAAGGAGUUGGAAAAUUUAUAGGUAUGCCAGAAUCGCUCUUGUACUGCUCCCUGCACGAUCCAGUCAGCCCCUGCCCAGCUGGUUAUAUAACAAACAAGUCUGUGUCUGUGUGGGGUGUUGGAGGACGAGUGGAAAUGACUGCCUCCAAGUUCAUGGCAAUUCAGCAGGCCUUUCAGCCAGACUGGUUCCAGUGCCUCUCAGAUGGAGAGGCAUCUUGUGAGGAAGCAACUUCCUUAAAAAGGGCAAGAAAGUCUGUUGACCGAUCACUUCUAUUCCUAGAUAACUGUCUGCGGCUACAGGAAGAGUCAGAGGUGCUUCAGAAAAGUGUGAUCAUUGGAGUGAUUGAAGGUGGAGACGUGAUGGAGGAGAGGCUGAGAUCAGCACGAGAGACAGCCAAGCGGCCUGUAGGUGGCUUCCUUCUGGAUGGCUUUCAAGGGAAUCCAACGACCCUGGUGACUAGACUGCACUUGCUGUCAUCAGUCACUGCAGAGCUGCCGGAGGACAAACCAAGGCUCAUCUGUGGUGUUAGCCGACCAGAUGAGGUGCUUGAGUGUAUUGAGAGAGGAGUGGACUUAUUUGAGAGUUUUUUCCCUUAUCAAGUGACAGAGCGGGGAUGUGCCCUAACUUUCAGCUUCGAUUACCAGCCAAAUCCUGAAGAGACAUUAUUACAACAAAAUGGGAUACAAGAAGAAAUAAAAUAUGUGGAUCAAAUAAAAAAAAUUAAAACAACUGGAUGCAAUGAAGAAAUGACAUCAUUUGAAAUUAAUCUGAAGGAAAAAAAGUACCAGGAAGACUUUCACCCAUUGGUGAGAGGGUGUUCCUGUUACUGCUGUAAGAAUCACACUCGUGCAUACAUCCACCAUCUGCUGGUCACUAAUGAGCUGCUGGCCGGAGUCCUCCUUAUGAUGCACAACUUUGAACACUACUUUGGGUUUUUCCACUCCAUCCGGGAAGCACUAAAAAGUGACAGACUGGCAAAGUUGAAAGAGCUCAUCUGCAGGCAAGCAUCUUGAGACCUGGAAAAUACAAGUCUGACUCUUCACGUUGAGCUUGUACCACUGUUAUAACAUGGGAAGAAGCAAAGAAGAAAUGAUCUUAGCUUUAAUCAUUUAAUUAGUUUGGAAAUAAGGUCUGCUGAAAUAGAGAACAUCUGUACUAAACUGCCCACAUAAGGGUGAAGAGAUUUCUUUUAAGGACUUAAAUAACAUGGAUAGAGCAGAAAGAAAUGAACCAUGACCUUUAAAAUUACUAGGUUAUCUAGGCAAUAGAGAUUCAUUUAGUCAAAGACAAAAGCUUUAGAUGUGGGUGAUGAAGUGGGAGUGAAGAGCUUCUGAGGGACCACUGGGUUGGAUUGGGGCUUGAUAGCAGAUGACUGUUCAUGAGUAGCAUGACCUCUGUGGACACAGGCCUGUUGACUGGAGAAGGAAUCUGGCUGAGUUGAGGGUUUUCUGUAUUUUGAUCUUCAUACUCUCAGGGGGCUCUUUUGGAUACUUUUUACCUUCACACUGCCCUGGCAAUGUAAUCAGUCACAGUGUCUCUUGUGUCCAGGCUCUUACAUCCCUGGAAUGUGGGGCUCAAACACUCCUAUGAUCAGUUGGCCCAGGUCACACUCCUUCAUUUGACCACAUGAUCUAUUUAUAACUUGUCUUCCUAGAGCCAGUGCAAUUGCCUUUUAGGCGCCAAAUUUUGCCGAGCUGCUUUCAUCACAUCAUACAGAUCCACUCUGAUCUGUCCCCCAACCUCAACUAUAGUCUAACCACAAAUGACUGUAGCCCUCUCACUUGUGGAGAUUUGUUCACAGUAUGUGCACUUGGACGGAGCCCUGGGCUGGCAAUUACAGGAUUGGUUUCUGUCCUACUCAUUGUGACACCUGGGCAAGUCACUUAACCUUUCCCUGCCCAUUUCCUCCUAAAUAAAUGGGGAUGGCCAUAAUGGAUAGGACUGAAUGAAUUUCUAAGAUUCUGUCUAGCUCUAAAGUUUGAGGAACAAAAAGUUUUAGAUUAGAGCCAUAGCCUUACUUGUUAUUCUUAUGUAUUAAUCACUAAUGGCCAGAUGAAAAACAAAGUGGCGCCAGGAGACUGGCAACAGUAGAGAUAUUUGAGAGCUUAAAAAGAGGUUUGGGGGCCGGCCCUGUGGCGCACUUGGGAGAGUGCAGCGCUUGGGAGCUCAGCGGUGCUCCCGCCGCGGGUUCGGAUCCUAUAUAGGGAUGGCUGGUGUGCUCACUGGCUGAGCGUGGUGCGGACGGCACCAAGCCAAGGGUUGCGAUCCCCUUACCGGUCACAAAAAGGACAAAAAAAAAAAGAGGUUUGGUCUGUGGAUUUUGAAGUGGUUGGUGAACUGGCAUCAGCAGAUCCUGAGGCUGGGGGGUCCUUCCUAGGCCAUGUCUGAUUCUAUGAUUUUUUUCUGCUCAUGCCAAAGGAGUGACAUUUUUGUUGAUGGUAUAACAUAAUUUUUAUUUUCUUUGUGCUUUUCUAUAUUUGUCAAGUUUUCUAUAAGGAAUAUACAUACAUGCACGUGCACACACAUAGUUUUUGUAAAAACAAUAACAAAACCAAACAGAUACCUCUUUUUGUAGGGAUAAGAAAUACAUUUGUUUAUACUCAUACUGUAUUGUGCUGUUCAAAAUUUAGUGGGCAUUACUGAACACUAUAAUUAUGUGGUUUUUAUAUUUUUAUGUGUCAGGAGCCUAUCUAUAAGGUUUUCUUUUUAGUUGUAUUGGAAUUGGAAUGUCCAGGACUUUUCAAAAUUAAAGAAUUCAUUAAAGGCAAGGAGUACUUAUGGAAGGCAGAGUUUCUGUUCUCAAGGAUCUGAUUGUUUUGAAAUGGAUUGGGCUUUUUCAUAUGUUCAUAUUUCUGUUCAAUGCCAAACCCAUUGUUGAGGGAAUAAAUAUCUGUAAAUAUCCCAGAAUCCAUAUAAAAUUUAUGAGUUUUGUUAUGUGUAAAACACUGAAAAUUCUGUCCCACAUUGUUCAGUUUCCUGGGUCUUU